AAGAGAAAAAAGGCUUGCCAUUUAUGCUGAAAUUCAAUUUCCCUGAAGUGGGUUUUUGUCUUUGAUCCCUCAGGACGGGUACCCAUUUCACCAAAUAGCGGAUUUGUUUCCUUCUUUUAAACUCACUUGGUGAGGUUGGGGGUUUGAUACUUGAUAGGCAUUUGAGGAUUUUAGUCAACAAAAUGGAGAUGAAACGAGGGAAGUGGAUGACUUUGGUGUUGGCUCUUGUUUUGUUUGAGUUUAUGUGUCACAGAAUAUGUGCUUCAUACAUUCCUGAAGAUAGCUACUUGAUUGCCUGUGGUUCUUCAAAAAAUGUCACAUACCAAGGUCAAACUUUUGUUCCUGAUUCAGGCCAUUCUUCUCUUGCGUUUAUGAGUGGCAAUUCUGUUGUUGUUAGUUCCAAUUCUACCGUUCCAUCUUCCAUAUAUCAAUCUGCUCGAAUUUUCUCGGGCAUUUCUUCUUACAAGUUUGAUAUCAAGCAUAAAGGUCGGCAUUGGAUCCGCCUUUACUUCUUUCCUCUUCCUAGCUCAGGCCACAACUUGUCAUCUGCUCCAAUAACAGUUGUCACUGAUGAUUUUGUGCUCUUGAACAACUUCACGUUCAAGAAUUACAAAGGUUCUUAUUUGUUCAAGGAGUAUGCAAUCAAUGUGACUUCUGAUUCCUUGACCCUUACCUUCAUUCCUGCAAAUAAUUCAGUUUCAUUUGUUAAUGCAAUUGAAGUUGUCUCCAUCCCAGAUAUUGUCCUCCCUGAUCAGGCAGUGGCUCUCAAUCCUUCUGCCCAUUUUAGUAGUGUUUCUGAGCUUGCACUGGAAACUGUUUACCGGUUAAAUGUGGGUGGUCCUCUGAUCACCUCUCAGAAUGAUACCCUUGGAAGAACCUGGGAGAAUGAUGUAAAAUAUCUUCUUGUUAACAGCUCUGCUCUGAAUGUUUCAACAGAUCCUAGUUCCAUACGAUAUACAACUACUGUUACAGUUGAAACAGCACCAAAUUGGGUGUAUGCCACUGCUGAAACCAUGGGAGAUGCAAACAUGAACUCCAACAUAACUUGGGUCUUCUCUGUUGAUCCAAACUUUGGGUACCUUGUUCGUGUUCAUUUCUGUGAUAUCAUGAGUCUGUCUCUCAACUCACUGGUGUUCAAUCUCUACAUAAAUGAUCAUAUUGCUUCUGCAAGUCUUGAUCUCUCCUCUGAAACUGGUGGCCUGAAUGUGCCCUAUUACGAGGACUUCAUCUCCAAAACUUCAGCAGAUUCUGGUACUUUGACAGUUGGUGUUGGUCCUGAUACAGCUGCAGACAUUACUAAUGCGACACUAAAUGGAUUGGAGAUCAUGAAAAUUAGCAAUGAAGCUGGAAGCCUGGAUGGAAUUUCUUCAGUUGACUUUUUCAUUCCCAAAACAACCUCAAAGAACAAGGUUGGAAUUGUGAUCGGUUCUGUCAUUGGAGCUGUUGCUGUAGUGGCUUUAAUUGCAUUCUGCUGUUGUUGGUUGGCAGCACGGAAGUCAAAAACUACACAGCAGAGGCAUCCACAGCUGCCUCUGCCCCUGUAUGGAAACUCUCUAACCGUGACCAAGACGUCCACUAACUCACAGAAGAGUGGAACAGCCAGCUGCAUCUCAUUAGCUUCCCCCAAUCUUGGUCGUCUCUUCACAUUCCGAGAAAUCCUAGAUGCAACCAACAAAUUUGAUGAGAGCCUACUUCUUGGAGUUGGUGGUUUUGGUCGAGUGUACAAGGGAACACUUGAAGACAUGACAAAAGUAGCUGUCAAAAGAGGUAACCCCAGAUCUGAACAAGGUUUGGCUGAGUUCCGCACUGAAAUUGAAAUGUUAUCAAAGCUUCGCCAUCGUCAUCUUGUUUCUCUCAUUGGUUACUGUGAUGAAAGGUCAGAAAUGAUUCUUGUUUAUGAGUAUAUGGCUAAUGGACCUCUCAGAAGCCAUCUCUAUGGAACAGAUUUGCCGCCUCUGUCAUGGAAGCAAAGACUUGAAAUAUGCAUUGGAGCUGCAAGGGGGCUUCAUUAUCUCCACACUGGUGCAGCCCAAAGCAUUAUUCACCGAGAUGUGAAGACAACAAACAUUCUCUUGGACGAUAACUUUGUUGCAAAAGUUGCAGAUUUUGGUCUCUCCAAAACUGGUCCAGCUCUAGAUCAGACCCAUGUGAGUACUGCUGUUAAGGGUAGCUUUGGUUACCUUGAUCCUGAAUACUUCAGAAGGCAGCGACUCACGGAGAAAUCAGAUGUAUAUUCAUUUGGGGUGGUUCUGAUGGAAGUUCUUUGCACCAGGCCUGCUUUGAACCCUGUUCUUCCCAGGGAACAAGUUAAUAUAGCAGAAUGGGGUAUGACUUGGCAGAAGAAGGGCAUGUUGGAUCAAAUCAUGGACCCUAAUCUGGUGGGAAAAGUAAAUCCAGCUUCUCUCAAGAAGUAUGGAGAGACAGCUGAGAAUUGCCUGGCUGAGCAUGGGGUUGACAGGCCAUCAAUGGGAGAUGUUUUAUGGAACCUUGAAUAUGCCCUCCAGCUAGAAGAGACCACGUUAGCUCUAAUGGAACCUGAAGAUAACAGCACAAAUCACAUCCCUGCCAUUCAGUUAACACCACUUGAGCCAUUUGACAACAGUGUAAGCAUGAUUGAUGGCGUAAAUUCCCGCACUGAUGAUGAUAAUGAAGAUGCUGCCACAAGCAAUGUAUUCUCACAGCUAGUAAAUCCUCGUGGGAGAUGAAGAUACGGUUGUUCUUGCCUUUUUCAUGAUCCGUAUUCAGGACACUCCGUCAAUGAUCUGGUUGUCCUGGCCUCGAGAAAUACAUUGAAGAUAUGGGCAGAGUGAAUGAUGGAUACGAAGGUUAUCACACUGGUCUUUUCCUUAAUUUUUCUUUCAUAAUUUAUUUACUUUGUAAUAUGGGACCAGAAAAUAGCAUGUAACUAUGUGAGGCACCACAGAUAUUCCAUGACUGUCGAUUUAAUUCUUUGAGGUUACACUUACACCUAUCCAUGUUACUUUGACAUGGAAAAAUCUCAUUUAUCUUUUCUAGAUCAGCUAAAAUUUACCCCCUUUUUCUUUUCCUGGUUGUCUAAUUAGAGCGCUAAACUUCAUCAUUAAUGUAUUGUUUUUCUCCAGAACUCCAACUGGAGAGAGUAUACAAGACUUAUAAUCUGCAGACAGAAGUGAUGC